AUGACUUCCACUUCAUCUUUUAUCACAUCUCUUUCGUGUUCUUCAUCCUCCGCCAUGGCCACCGCCGACGACACCUCCUCCGGCGUCCUUCAAUGGCUAAGCUUCAUCUUCCUCUCUCCAUGCCUACAAAAACUCCUAUUAGCUUUCAUCGAUACCCUCUUUCUCAUCAUCCUCUUCCUUUUCAAAAUUCAAAAGCUCCAUUCAAGCUUCAUCACCUGCAACAAUGGCGGUUCCGCCAUUAAUCAACCUCUAGUUCCCAAACCCACCAAAACCAGUCUCUGGUUCAAACUGUCUCUUCUCAUUUCUGCCAUUUUAGCUCUUUUAUCCAUUAUUUCAUCCAUUUUAGCUUUUACCCAGAACACCCAGAUGCCAUUAAAGCUCAUAAACGGAGCUUCUUGGUUAAUUCAAGCGAUUUCCUUCGUUAUCAUCACCAUUUUCAUCAAUUCUCGAAAAAGAUUUCAAGAUUCAACUCAUCCCAUCUUCCUUCGUGUUUUCGGGAUCGUAAACUUCAUCGUCAUUUCUCUAAUCGCCAUUUCCGGUAUCGUUCGUUUGGUUUCGAGCACCGAAUUAUCGAAAUCUGGCGACUUGAUCGCGUCCGUUUUUCUGCCAUUUUCGGGUUUCUUCUUCGUUGUAUCUGUAACUGGUUCAACUGGGAUUACAGUGAUCCAAGAAUCUGAUGAACAUGAAGAAUUGAGCAAAUCUUUCGUUAGUGGAUGGGCAUCGGCUUCAAUAUUUUCGAAAACGUUCUGGUUAUGGAUGAACCCGUUGUUGAAAAAAGGAUAUAAAACUCCGUUAACCAUCGACGACAUCCCGACGCUUUCGCCGGAACACCAAGCGGAAAGAAUGUCGUUGCUUUUUGAACGUAACUGGCCCGAACCCGAAGAGAAUUCGAAUCAUCCUGUUCGAACCACGCUCCUUCGUUGUUUUUGGAAACAGAUUGUCUUUACGGGCUUCUUAGCAAUCGUACGGAUCGGUGUUUCGUACGUCGGGCCGUUACUGAUCCAAAGAUUCGUCAAUUUCACAUCCGGGAAAUCGAAUUCUCCGUUUGAAGGGUAUUAUUUGGUAUUGAUUCUUCUCGUUGCGAAAUUUGUCGAAGUUUUAUCGGCGCACCAGUUUAAUUUCCACUCUCAGAAGCUCGGGAUGUUGAUCCGAUCGACCUUGAUAACGGCUCUAUAUAAGAAGGGGUUAAAGCUGUCGAGCUCGGCUCGACAAGCUCACGGUGUUGGCCAAAUCGUGAACUACAUGGCGAUAGACGCUCAACAGCUCUCGGAUAUCAUUAUUCAGUUGCACGCAAUUUGGCUCAUGCCGGUUCAGGUUGCGGUGGCGUUAGCCAUUCUUUACGGGUACCUUGGUCCAUCGACCGUGGUCACGUUGAUUGCGAUUAUUUUGAUCUUGGUGUUCGUUAUCGUGGCUACGAAAAGAAGCAACCGGUUCCAGUUCAACAUAAUGAUGAGCCGUGACUCGAGGAUGAAAGCCACGAACGAGAUGCUUAAUUACAUGCGGGUGAUCAAAUUCCAAGCCUGGGAAGAACUUUUCAACGAGCGAAUUCAGGCGUUCCGUGAGUCGGAAUACGGUUGGCUUUGCAAAUUCAUGUAUACGGUUGGUGGAAACAUGAUCGUUUUGUGGAGCACACCUUUGUUCAUUUCGACAGUCACGUUCGGGAGCGGGGUUUUUCUCGGGAUCGAGCUCGAUGCCGGGACCGUUUUCACCGCCACGUCGCUGUUCAAGAACUUGCAAGAACCGGUUUGGAGUUUCCCGCAGUCGAUGAUCUCACUCUCUCAGGCGAUGAUCUCUUUGGGGAGAUUGGACGAGUUUAUGAUCAGUAAGGAGUUGGAGGAGGGUUCGGUAGAGCGGGAGGACGACGUCAACACCACCACCGCCAUCGAGGUCCAAAAUGGUUCUUUUAGCUGGCAUGACGAGCCUUCAGAAGGUGACAUUAUCAAGAACUUGAACUUCGAGAUCAAGAAAGGAGAACUUGCAGCCAUUGUCGGGACCGUAGGAUCCGGGAAAUCGUCACUACUUGCAUCCGUUAUCGGCGAGAUGCACAAAAUCUCGGGGACGGUGAGAGUUUCCGGGAGCACCGGAUACGUUGCACAAACAGCAUGGAUUCAAAAUGGGACAGUUCAAGAGAACAUUGUAUUUGGUUCACCAAUGGACGGAAACAAGUAUAAGAAUGUAAUAAGAGCUUGUAGCUUGGAGAAAGAUUUAGAAAUGAUGGAAUUCGGAGAUCAAACCGAGAUCGGGGAGCGUGGGAUAAAUCUCAGCGGUGGCCAAAAGCAGCGGAUUCAGCUCGCUCGAGCUGUUUAUCAAGAUUCCGACAUCUAUCUUCUUGACGAUGUCUUUAGUGCCGUAGAUGCUCACACCGGUUCGGAAAUAUUCAAGGAAUGUGUGAGGGGAGCGCUCGGAGACAAGACCGUCUUACUCGUUACCCACCAAGUCGACUUCCUCCAUAACGUUGAUCUCAUCCUUGUGAUGCGCGAAGGGAUGAUCGUCCAAUCAGGAAAGUACGACGAACUGGUUCAAUCCGGCCUCGAUUUUACAGCUUUUGUAUCUGCCCAUGAGACCUCAAUGCAGCUAGUACAAAUGGAUUCCACUACACCAGAAACCAUCACAAAAUCUCUUAGCCAUAAUACCAGAAACCUGAAAUCAGAAACCAACGAACAUCACAAGUCUUUAGAACGAUCCCAAUCAAGUUCUAUCAUCGGAACAUCAAAACUGGUUGAAGAUGAGGAACGAGAAACAGGAAGAGUCAGCUCGUAUGUCUACAAAGUGUACGCUACCGAGGCUUUUGGCUGGUCGGGUGUGAUUCUAGUUUUGUUGUUAUCGAUCGUGUGGCAAGCAACACAGAUGGCGAGUGAUUACUGGUUGGCCUACGAAACUUCGGAGGAUCACGCUGCAUCUUUUGACCCUUCUUUCUUCAUAGAAGUCUAUGCCAUUAUUGCAGCCAUUUCCUUCAUCUUGAUGAUUGGCAGAAUUGCUUUCUCUGUGCUUUUGGGACUCAAAACUUCACAAAAGUUCUUUAAACAGAUUAUUUACAGCAUCCUUCAUGCUCCAAUGUCGUUUUUCGACACCACCCCUUCAGGAAGAAUUCUUAGUCGGGCAUCAAGUGAUCAAACCAACAUUGAUGUGCUCCUUCCCUUCAUGAUGAUCCUAAGCCUUGGUUUGUACAUGUCUGUGAUUAGUGUUAUUAUCAUAACAUGUCAAUACGCUUGGCCAACCGUUUUCCUAUUGGUUCCACUAGGUUGGCUCAAUAUCUGGUAUCGGGGGUAUUACCUUGCUACAUCUCGUGAAAUAACCCGACUCGACUCGAUUACAAAAGCACCCGUCAUUCACCACUUUUCAGAGAGCAUCGCCGGGGUUAUGACAAUCCGGUGUUUCAGAAAACAAGACAGGUUUGUUCAAGAAAACGUUGACCGUGUGGAUGGAAAUUUACGAAUGGAUUUCCACAAUAAUGGAUCCAAUGGGUGGUUAGGCUUCCGUAUGGAGUUUCUUGGAAGCGUGUUUCUUUGCGUUUCCACCGUCUUCAUGAUCCUCUUACCUAGCAACGUCAUUAAACCAGAGUAUGUUGGAUUGUCACUUUCGUAUGGAUUGUCGCUCAACGGUCUGCUGUUUUGGGCUUUAUAUACGAGUUGUUUUGUUGAAAACCGAAUGGUUUCUGUCGAGAGGAUAAAACAGUUCACUAAUAUACCAUCAGAAGCAGAAUGGCUGAAAAAAGACAGCCCCCCUCCGCCGAAUUGGCCUAAUCAUGGCAGCGUGGAGCUCAGAGACUUGCAGGUUAGAUAUCGUCCAAGCACGCCUCUUGUGCUUAAAGGGAUUACUCUAAACAUUCAAGGGGGCGAAAAGAUCGGUGUUGUUGGUAGAACAGGUGGAGGGAAAUCAACUUUGGUUCAGGUUCUGUUUAGGCUGGUUGAGCCCUCUGGAGGGAGUAUUAUCAUUGAUGGUGUUGAUAUCUCCACGCUCGGCCUUCAUGAUCUUAGGUCUCGAUUCGGCAUCAUUCCUCAAGAACCGAUCCUUUUUGAAGGCACAGUGAGAAGCAACAUUGACCCUAUUGGUCAACAUUCUGAUGAGGAGAUAUGGAGGAGUCUCGAACGAUGCCAACUUAAUGAUGUUGUGGCUGCAAAACCUGGGAAACUUGAUUCCGCAGUUGUUGAUAACGGCGAUAACUGGAGUGUGGGACAAAGACAACUUCUUUGUCUGGGACGGGUGUUGCUAAAGCACAGCAGGCUGCUGUUCAUGGAUGAAGCAACGGCUUCUGUUGAUUCACAAACAGACGCCGUGAUUCAGAAAGUCAUAAGAGAGGAUUUUGCAGAGUGUACUAUUGUUAGCAUUGCUCACAGGAUACCCACCGUCAUGGAUUGUGAUCGGGUUCUAGUCAUUGAUGCAGGGUAUGCAAAAGAAUUUGACAGACCUUCGCGUUUGAUUGAAAAGCCUUCUCUUUUUGGAGCACUGGUUCAAGAAUAUGCAAACAGAUCCUCUGGUUUAUGAUGAUAUAUUUAUAUAUGAAUGGCAUUGAUGUUACUCAUA